CCGGUCCGGGUGCCACCUCUCCCUGCUUGGGCGCCGCCGCGCGAGCGCUUCCCUUCCCCCUGCGAGCGCCCGGAUAAUGUCUGAGAAUGUCCAUUUCUGGGACGCUUAGCAGCUAUUAUGUCGACUCCAUCAUAAGUCACGAGAGUGAGGACGCGCCUCCAGCCAAGUUUCCUUCCGGCCAGUACUCCAGCCCCCGGCAGCCGGGCCACGCGGAGCACCUGGAGUUCCCCUCGUGCAGCUUCCAGCCCAAAGCGCCGGUGUUCGGCGCCUCCUGGGCGCCGCUGAGCCCGCACGCGUCCGGGAGCCUGCCGUCAGUCUACCACCCCUACAUCCAGCCCCAGGGCGUCCCGCCGGCCGAGAGCAGGUACCUCCGCACCUGGCUGGAGCCGGCGCCGCGCGGCGAGGCUGCCCCGGGGCAGGGCCAGGCGGCGGUGAAGGCGGAGCCGCUGCUGGGCGCGCCUGGGGAGCUCCUGAAACAGGGCACGCCCGAGUACAGUUUGGAAACUUCAGCGGGCAGGGAGGCCGUCCUGUCUAAUCAAAGACCCGGCUACGGGGACAAUAAAAUUUGCGAAGGAAGCGAGGACAAAGAGAGGCCGGAUCAAACCAACCCCUCUGCCAACUGGCUGCACGCUCGCUCUUCCCGGAAAAAGCGCUGUCCCUACACCAAAUACCAGACGCUGGAGCUAGAGAAGGAGUUUCUGUUCAAUAUGUACCUCACCAGGGACCGUAGGCACGAAGUGGCCAGACUCCUCAAUCUGAGUGAGAGACAAGUCAAAAUCUGGUUUCAGAACCGACGGAUGAAAAUGAAGAAAAUGAAUAAGGAACAGGGCAAAGAGUAAAGAUUUCCCCCGCUCUCUCACCCCUUCCCCAUCUCACUCUUAUUUAUAAGUGAUGGCUGCAAGGCCAGUGCUGUCUGGGAUGUAGUCAAGUGAAUGGGGAAGGGGUUCUUUCUCUUCAAAGUCCUUUUCUGCACCCAGAGUCUCUCCUUUCCUUUGUCUUCACCUGUUUCUCUUUUCCCCUGGG